AAAAAAAAAAAGACCUAACAACUAGAGGGGCCGGUCUAGAUGGAGGCGAGAAACGGUAGGAGGUCUGCAUCUGCCCUAGCAACUGGGCCAGGCCUGUGGCGGCUGCAGCCGGAACCCGGUGACGCGCUUCCGUGGGUGUGGUCGGCCGCGCGCACGGUCACUUCCGUCGCGUUUGCGCAGUUGGCUCCCGGGCUCACGUUUGUGGCGUUUCCCCGCGGUCCACCAGUUAUUGGGAUUGUGCUCUUUAACUUCCGCGGGCGAUGCGUUCUGGUGCAGCGGUCAGGGCCUGCCAGAAAGUCUGCAGGUGCCUGUUGUCUGGGUUUGGAGGUCGAGUGGAUGGGGGACAGCCUGAACCGUUAAUGGAAGGGAGUAGCCCUUUCGGAGUGCCCCUGAGGUCGCACGCGGAACUGCCUCGGGGGAGCGAGCCGACCGAAGCCCCCGAGUCCGGUGAGGGGAGCGAGGAGCUGUUAGAGAUCUGUCAGAGAAGGCAUUUCUUCAGUGGCAGCAAGCGGCAGCUUAGCCGACAUUCUCUUAUGAGCGGGUGCCACCCCGGCUUUGGCCCCUUGGGCAUAGAAUUGCGGAAGAACCUGGCAGCAGAAUGGUGGUCCUCGGUGGUGGUGUUCAGGGAGCAGGUCUUCCCGGUAGAUGCCCUCCAUCAUGAGCCUGGCCCUACGCUGCCCGGGGACAGUGCCUUCAGGUUAGUUUCAGCAGAAACUGUACGCGAAAUCUUGCAAGACAAAGAGCUGAGUAAGGAACAGCUAGUAGCAUUUCUUGAAAACUUGCUAAAAACUUCUGGGAAGCUACGGGAGAGCCUUCUUCACGGUGCUUUGGAGCACUAUGUUAAUUGCCUGGAUCUGGUAAACAAGAGGCUACCUUAUGGCCUUGCUCAGAUUGGAGUGUGUUUUCAUCCUGUUUCUGAUACUAAGCAGACACCUGAUGGUGUUAAAAGAAUCGGUGAGAAGACUGAAGCGUCACUGGUUUGGUUUUCUUCAGCAAGAACUGCAGGCCAGUGGCUUGAUUUUUGGUUACGUCAUCGACUCCUAUGGUGGAGAAAGUUUGCUGUGAGUCCGUCUAACUUCAGCAGCAGCGAUUGUCAGGACGAAGAGGGACGAAAAGGAAACCAACUUUAUUACAAUUUCCCAUGGGGAAAGGAGCCAAUAGAGACCCUGUGGAAUCUAGGAGACCGUGAACUUUUACACAUGUAUCCUGGAAAUGAGUCUCAAUUACACGGCCGAGAUGGACGAAAAAAUGUGGUUCCAUAUGUUUUAUCUGUUAAUGGAAAUCUAGACCGAGGUGUGCUGGCUUACCUCUAUGAUUCUUUCCAGCUCACAGAGAACUCCUUUACAAGGAAGAAGAAUCUUCAUAGAAAGGUACUUAAACUUCACCCUUGUUUAGCCCCUGUUAAGGUUGCUUUGGAUGUGGGAAGAGGCCCAACGGUGGAAUUAAGACAGGUCUGUCAAGGGUUAUUUAAUGAAUUACUAGAAAAUGGAAUUUCUGUGUGGCCUGGUUAUACGGAAACUGUGCAGUCCUCAUUGGAACAGCUUUAUUCAAGAUAUGAUGAAAUGAGUAUCCUGUUCACAGUUUUGAUUACCGAAGCUACUUUGGAGAAUGGGUUAAUACAUCUGAGAAGUAGAGACACCACAAUGAAGGAAAUGAUGCAUAUAUCCAAAGUAAAAGACUUUUUAAUCAAGUACAUAUCAUCAGCUAAGAAUGUAUAGAUUUUAAUAUUUGUGUAAUAAAUAUUCUCCUUUCCUAA